CUCUGGUAUUGCAUGGAGCCAAUCAGGGCAGCGAGGGUUGUGUGGCGGAAGUUGGGCUUUGGCGGAUGCGCGGCGCUAUGGCCUCCGGUUCAGCUGUGGUGCUUGCGCGAGCGCUGGAGGCGCUGGAUGUUGGUGGUGCAGCAGAUAAGAUUAAUUUAAUACCUCAAGACUUUUUUGCAGAACUUUGUGAACAAAUAAUUCAACACCUGAACCAUAAGAUCCCAGGUGUAGAUACAGCUGAACUAUGUCAGAGAAUUCAAACAUCUGGGAUUGAGAUUAAUGUUGGUGACCUGGCAAAAAUAGCUAAUGUUGUUUCCUUUCUAUUUAGCACAGCAGCCAGAAACAGUCUCUCUACGGAAGAACUCGUCACCACCUUGGGCAAUGCAGUCACUGCGCUACCAAAACAUGCUGUUCAAGUUAUUCGUCAUGUGUGGAAUGAACAUGGUAAAUCCAUUAGUGUGUCAGAAGAUGCAAGAAAUAUGGCCACACUGGGGCAGUUUGUAGAUAUUAAAUGGAAACUGGGAGUCGCCAUGAGCUCUGACACCUGCAGAUCUCUGAAGUAUCCUUAUGUUACAGUGAUGUUAAAAGUGGCAGAUCCUUCAGGACAAAUAACAGACAAAUCUUUUGAAAUGACGAUCCCACAGUUCAAGAACUUCUUCAGACAGUUCAAGGAAAUGGCGGCUGUUCUUGAAACAGUUUGAAGAGAACUCUUAUUUACAGUGAAAUUUUGGACAGACUUAGAUCAAGUAAAUUUUCCAGUUCUACACAGGGAAUAAAGUGCCAUUUUUCAGCAAGGUAUGUAUCCUUGUCUUUUUGACAGGUAUUUGUCAUCAUCUUUGUAUUGCUGUGAAGAUUUCUUCGCUUUUGAAUACUUGAAGCCAACUCUGCAGUGUUUGUGAAAAUGUGUUCAGCUUUGUUCAUCCGGGUAGACAAAAGAUCAGGAUGUGUAUGGAGAAGCAUCACUGUAGACUUUCUAAUAUCCAAGAGUGAGAAACUACAUGUGAGAAACUAUACAUUUAACUCUGGGAUGCGGAAAGACACCUGAAAAUGUUGGCUGGGAAGAUACCAAGGGAAGUGUAAAUCCCAUGUUAACACUCUUGUCUGUAAAAUUGAGAUGCGCUUGGACUUAACAAUACUACUACGUAUAAGGAGUACAUGAAGUUAGACAUAACAAGUAUACAGUUAUUCUUGAAGAACAGCAAUGUCAAGUAAUUCGUUGCAGGUAUUUGCAGACCUGACUUCUGGUCUUUUAAUAACUGGACAAUGUACUUGUCCUAACAGCUUGUUUAUUUCAAAUACUUACUUCCCACCACCUAGGCUUAUAAAAUCUGAGUUAAUGCAUUAAGGUUUUCUGGAGACCCAAAAUUUAUUCUCUGAAAUGAAGCCCAGAGGCUAAUUUUAAAUGUAGAAAGGUGAAUUUAAUUAAAAAACAUUUUAAUAUAUUUUUGCCUUUGCAUUUAAUCCAGGUCUAAUCUGUGGCACUCUGAUGUUUUGAUCAGCAGUCUGCUUUCUAAUUGAAUUAGAAUAUUGGUGUAGUUGCCUGUCUCCAAGCUCUGAACUAGACAAGUCAAGAGGAAACUUGAAAAUUCAGGCUGGAGCGUUAGCCAAGCACAUCAGAGAAAGAACCACAAUAAAAGUACAAGCAGCAAAGAAAUCUUGCUGAUUGUGUGGCAGGAGUCCACUGGACUGUGUUGUGCACGCUCGCUCUCGGAGAAUGUCCUAACCAGCAAAAUUUUGACUUUGAUUCUGAAGAAAAUGGUGGUGGGGGGUGGCAUUUCCAAAGGAGGAGUGGUAAAUCCAGUGUGCUUGCCUUGCUCUCUUCUUGGUUUUGUUUUACUUUUUUCUUGUUUUCCAUAACCAAAACACAAACUGCAAAUAUAGUGGGAUGUAAUAAAAAUACUGUUGCAUUUCAAGAUGUGCUGGUGUUGAAUCUGAAGAGAAAUUCAUACUGAUAAGCAGACUGAAGUUUAUGCUGCAACUUCAGAAUGGUAGAGACUGAGAACCAGUUUUACUGGGGCAGAACCUCAAGUGAUUUUUUUAGGCCCUUUUAAGUGAGAAAAACCUACCUAAUACACUUAUAUUUUUUUAUUAACUUUUUUAGAAGCUGGCUGAAAGUCAUUGAUACAGGUUGUGCUUGCCUUUUUGUGUCAUGAAAAUAAGCUGCAGCACACUACACGUGCUGCAUACUGCAAUCCUUUCAGUAGAGAUACACCCCCACUAUUUGGGCAUUAUGCAUGGUGCAUAAGAACAGUACUUGGAGUUGCUUAGAAGCCCAAAUAAGUGAAACAGCAUUGGCUUUAACAAAAGAUAGUAAAAGUUUUGGGCUGUGGCCAUUGAUCUGGAUCUUUGUGCUGCUGAAGUCUGAGGUGUUUGCUUUGUGGCUGGGGAGAGCAGUUUGCUCUUUUCUGGGAUCCUCUCAAUGGAAUGUCACAAAAUGGUCUCCCUGUUUGCCUCUUCCCUUGUCUGCCUGCAAGGGCUCAGGGCUGAACAUAGUGCAGAAAACCCCCAAACCUCUCUGUGUGUGGAAAAGUGAUAUGAGCAGCUGAUUUUAUUAUUCUUUUUAAAAUUUGCAGAAGUUGGAGUGUAAGGGCUGCUAUAACUGGAAAACAUUACCAUGCUUUGGCCUAGUGAAUUAAUUGGUUUACAUUAAUGCAAGAGUUCCAGGAAAAGAAUACUUUUUUAGUAAAGCUGGAGCCUUACAAAUACUUCCCAUUUAUUCUAAUGCACUUGAGUUCUUCAUAUAGCUGGAAAUAGUUGUGUCUUCUUUGGAACUGGAUGGAAAAGAAAAUGUAAUUAAUCAUGUCUUACAUUCUAGAAACAGUAAUUUAAUAGAUGCUAGAAGGUAAUGAAAACUUUCAGUUGCCAUUUUUGCUUGGUCCAUCACCAAGAGGAGAAAGUUGGCAGCCUUUGAAAAGUAUAACUUAUGUUUUGUCAAGUCAAAUAUUCUAGAAUAUUCAUUAAUACAUUUUAAAUGUCCUUGAACUCCAGCAUGUUAUAAUUCUGGCUGGAAGAUGUCUGGACAUGUGUGCUUGUACCAGUUUACUGUCUGAGAAUUUUCAGAGGUGUUCAUGGACAUCUAGGAGAUGUGAUUAAAAGUUGGCUAUGUACUCAAACUUCUGAGAUUUGUCCUGAUCACUAUCAGUAUGAAUUCCUAUACUGAGUAAUGGAAGAAUCAAGUACUUCAUUAAAAAAAAAAAAAACAACUAAAAACCUAACAGUUUGCAGGGUAGCAAUGUUAACAUGUUCAAACAAGCUGUUGAAUUUUUUGUCUAUAUGUGCAGAAACCAGAUCUUCUCAAAAAGUAUCAGGAGUCCUUGUGUGUUCCUAAUUCUACUUGUUGAUUGAUAUGAAAUUGUAUAACAUGAAUAUUCUUUGUAAGCCCACAGUCAUUAAACAUAUAGGUAACAAA